AGUUGCAAAGCAAUUUUAUGGGUUCACCCUGAACGCAGUAGAACACUAGCGUGGCUGCAAUCUCGAGUUGUGUUCAGUUGCAGCCAUUAUGCCUUCAGUCCCUCGGGGAACUCCAUCUGCUAACUUCUCCAAUCGCCAAACCCAAUUCUCCGCGCGGAGGCAGAAGAUUGCACAACAGAGAAAGGCUCUUCCGAUUGCUUCAGUUGAGAAAAGACUGGUUGAAGAAGUUAGGAAGAACGAUGUUUUGAUUAUUGUUGGUGAAACUGGAAGUGGAAAGACCACGCAGAUUCCACAGUUUCUGUUUGGUGCGGGAUUUUGCCGCGAUGGAAAAGUUAUUGGGAUAACUCAACCUAGACGUGUGGCUGCCGUCACUGUGGCCAAACGAGUUGCGGAAGAAUGUGGUGUUGAGUUGGGCCAAAAGGUUGGAUACUCUGUUAGAUUUGAUGAUGCUACUUCCGGCUCGACAAGAAUUAAGUAUAUGACUGAUGGAUUGCUUUUGAGGGAAGCAUUGCUGGAUCCAUAUCUUUCUAAGUAUUCUGUUAUAAUUGUUGAUGAAGCCCAUGAGAGAACUGUUCACACUGAUGUCUUGAUGGGCUUGCUGAAAAAUGUACAACUUGCUCGGUCAAAUUCUAUCAGUGAUGGUCAGGGUCUUAAUUUUGGUAUCAAGAAUGUGAAUAGUGUAAUGUCAUCAGAGAAAGAAAAUGAUCAGAGUAGCAAUUUUCUUAAAAAGCAUCACCAUGAGAAGUGUGCUUCAUUGAAGUUAGUCAUAAUGUCUGCAAGCCUUGAUGCACGUGCUUUCUCUGAGUACUUUAGUGGUGCCAAAGCUGUGCAUAUCCAAGGGAGACAGUUUCCGGUGGAUAUAUUUUUUACUCGCCAUUCAGAACCAGAUUAUUUAGAUGCUGCCUUGAUAACAAUAUUCCAGAUUCAUUUGGAGGAGGGCCCUGGUGAUAUACUAGUAUUUCUGACUGGGCAAGAAGAGAUUGAAUCUGUGGAAAGGCUUAUCAAUGAGCGGCUCACACAAUUACCUCAAGGAAAUCAGAUGCUUCUAGUUGUGCCUAUAUUUGCAGCUCUUCCGUCUGAGCAGCAAAUGCGGGCCUUUGCACCAGCUCCAUCUGGGUUUCGGAAGGUGAUAUUGGCAACUAAUAUUGCCGAGACAUCUGUAACAAUUCCUGGAAUCAAGUUUGUAAUUGAUCCUGGAUUUGUUAAAGCACGUUCUUAUGACCCUGGAAAAGGCAUGGAAUCCUUGAUCAUAGUACCUACAUCCAAGUCCCAGGCUCUGCAAAGAAGUGGCCGUGCAGGGCGUGAAGGACCUGGAAAAUGCUUCCGUCUAUAUCCAGAAAAAGAAUUUGACAAACUUGAGGAUUCGACAACACCAGAGAUUAAGCGGUGCAACCUUUCUAAUGUUAUUUUGCAGCUUAAGGCUUUGGGUGUUGACGACAUACUAGGGUUCGAUUUCAUUGAGAAACCUUCAAGGGCAGCUAUUAUAAAAUCAUUGGAGCAGCUAUUUUUGUUAGGCGCUCUAACAGAUGACUGUCAACUAUCUGAUCCAGUUGGACAUCAAAUGGCUCGACUGCCCUUGGAUCCUGUUUAUUCCAAAGCUCUUAUUUUAGCUAGUCAGUUUAAUUGCUUGGAGGAGAUGUUGAUAACUGUUGCAAUGCUGUCUGUGGAAUCCAUAUUUUAUGCUCCUCGUGACAAGUUAGAAGAGGCAAGAACUGCAAUGAAAUGCUUCUCUAGUUCAGAGGGAGACCACAUCACUUUGAUUAAUGUGUAUCGAGCAUCUAAGGAUUUCUUGGAGAAGAGAUCAAUGGAAAUGAGUGCUACAAAGAGUGAAAAGGUUUUGAGAAAAUGGUGCAAGGAAAAUUUUAUUAAUAGCCGGUCUCUUAGACAUGCUCGUGACAUUCACAGGCAGAUUCAGGGACAUGUUGAACAAAUGGGUUUGAGUCUUUCUUCUUGUGGAGAUGAUAUGCUUCAAUACCGCAGAUGCCUUGCUGCUUCCUUUUUCCUCAAUGCAGCUGUAAAGCAGCCAGAGGGAACAUACAGGGCUUUGGCAAGUGGUCAGGUGGUGCAGAUCCACCCUUCUUCUGUAUUAUUCCGGCAAAAACCAGAGUGCGUGAUAUUUAAUGAAUUGGUCCAAACUAAUAAUAAGUAUGUCCGAAAUUUAACCAGAGUGGACUACUUAUGGUUGACCGAGCUGGCGCCUCAAUAUUAUGCUGUGCAGAAUUAAAUUCUUGAUGUUGCCACUAAACAGGUAAUUUAUCUGUUGGAACAGAUCAUUGCAAAGUUCAGAUUAUGUCUGGCCACUGGUUUGUGGAUCUUUUUGUAAUGACAACUUUUUAAGGGGCUUGUCUUUGGCAUUUGGUAUCCAUUGGAUCCCAGGGAUGUAGAGAUGCCACUCAGUUCUCCAGUGGCAAGCACUUCUUGCAGGGUAGCUGUCGCGUUAUUUUCUCUUGGGCAGCUGUGGCUACUGAGAUUGAGGAACGAGUAUGUGGUGCCAGUGGGGGUAGGGUACACCUUACUGUUGAGACCUAAUUGCGGUGAUGACGUGCAACGGAAUUACUUAACGAACUGAAACUUGUUUACAAGUUGUUCAAUUCAAGGCAUUUGACCUAAACAAGGAAAAUUUUAAAAAAUAUUUUUAAUUAGUUUGGUCUGAAAG